AGCUGAGCCCGCCGCGCGGGAGCGUGGGGAGCGUGGGGAGCGUGUUUGGCUAGCCGAUUCUUCGCAGCCGUGCUGUGCCUGCUGAGGAGCCGCCAUGAGUAAGGCCCACCCUCCCGAGCUGAAGAAAUUUAUGGACAAAAAGUUAUCAUUGAAGUUAAAUGGUGGCAGACAUGUCCAAGGAAUACUGCGGGGCUUUGAUCCCUUUAUGAAUCUUGUGAUCGAUGAAUGUGUGGAGAUGGCAACUAGUGGGCAGCAGAAUAACAUUGGAAUGGUGGUCAUACGAGGAAACAGUAUCAUCAUGUUAGAAGCCUUGGAACGAGUUUAAACAAUGGCUGUUCAGCAGAGCAGUCCAUGUUCCCUCUCCAAAGGGCCUGUUUUACUAUGACGUAAAAUCUGGUCGUGUACAUUUUCAUAUGGAAGUUUUUGCUAAAUAAACUUUUGUAGUACUCAAA